AAAAACUCCAAACAAUCAAUCGAAAUCAAUUUCCAGAAAAUACCAGAAUUCACAGAAAUUACUGAAAAUAAUUUUUGGAUAUUUGAAAAAAAGUUUGGAUAAAAAGGAGAAAUGUCUGGUAUUAGAAGAGGCUGGUCUGAUAGGGCGCCACUUCUUAAUCUUCAACGCUCCCGCUUAACCUCCUCCGAUAACAUCCGCAGCCAGAGUUCCUCCGCCGUCUUUCUUGAGAUGGCCGCCGCCACCUCCGUCCCUUCCCGGACAGUCUUUCUCGGUGUUGAUGUCGGCACCGGCAGCGCACGCGCCGGUUUAUUUGAUGAAAGUGGAAAACUUCUGGGGUCAGCCAGUUGCCCAAUUCAAAUAUGGAAAGAGGGUGACUGUAUUGAGCAAUCUUCGACGGAUAUUUGGCUCGCAAUCUGUGCAGCAGUGAAAUCAGCAUGCUCCCUUGCAGAUGUUUCUGGAGAAGAAGUGAAGGGUUUGGGUUUUGCAGCUACUUGUUCACUUGUUGCAGUGGAUGCUGAUGGCUCUCCUGUUUCAGUUUCUUGGAGUGGUGAUUCAAGGAGAAAUAUUAUUGUAUGGAUGGACCAUAGAGCUGUAAAGCAAGCCGAGAAGAUCAAUUCCUGUAAUUCACCAGUGCUGCAAUACUGUGGUGGAGCUGUUUCCCCUGAGAUGCAGCCUCCAAAGCUUUUAUGGGUGAAAGAAAAUCUGCAAGAAUCUUGGUCGAUGGUAUUUAGGUGGAUGGACUUGAGUGAUUGGUUGUCAUAUAGAGCAACAGGAGAUGACACCCGUAGUCUCUGCACCACAGUGUGUAAAUGGACAUAUCUUGGUCAUGCACACAUGCAACAGAUGAAAGAAAAAGAUUCUCGAAACAUGGAAGCUUGUGGAUGGGAUGAUGAAUUUUGGGAGGAGAUUGGCUUAGAUGAUCUUAUAGACGGGCAUCAUGCUAAGAUUGGACGAAGUGUAGCUUUUCCUGGCCAUCGUUUGGGUUCCGGUCUUACUCCUGCUGCUGCGCAGGAACUUGGUUUGGUAGAAGGAACUCCUGUGGGGACUUCAUUGAUUGAUGCUCAUGCUGGAGGUGUGGGGGUAAUGGAAAGUGUCCCUGUGCUGGCUUCCGAAGCCAAAGAGAAUGAUGAGGAAGCUAUAUGCCGCCGAAUGGUGUUAGUCUGUGGCACUUCUACUUGCCAUAUGGCUGUGUCACGGAACAAGCUAUUUAUUCCAGGUGUCUGGGGACCAUUUUGGUCAGCAAUGGUACCUGAAUUUUGGCUAACAGAAGGUGGACAGAGUGCUACGGGUGCAUUGUUAGAAUACAUAAUUGAAAAUCAUGUUGCUUCUCCACGCCUUGCAAAUCGAGCUGCUUCUCGAAAUGUAUCCCUCUUUGAACUACUGAACAGUGCUUUAGAAUCCAUGAUGCAUGAGAUGAAGUCUCCUUUUCUUGCUGCUCUUACCGAAGAUUUGCACGUCCUUCCUGACUUCCAUGGAAACAGGUCUCCCCUUGCAGAUCCAAGAGCUAAAGGAAUGAUAUGUGGUUUGACACUUGAUACAAGUGAGAAACAGUUGGCUCUUUUAUACCUUGCCACAGUACAGGGUAUUGCCUAUGGUACACGUCAUAUAAUGGAGCAUUGUAAUGCUCAUGGUCAUAAGAUUGACACACUACUUGCUUGUGGUGGCCUCGCGAAGAAUCCUUUGUUCCUUCAACAACAUGCAGAUAUAAUUGGUUGCCCUAUUAUACUUCCACGAGAAAAUGAGUCUGUGCUCCUGGGUGCUGCUAUUCUCGGUGCUGUUGCUGCAAAGAGGUAUUCUAGUCUGAUUGAGGCCAUGAAGGCACUGAAUGCAGCGGGUCAGGUCAUUCAUCCAUCAGAAGAUCCAAAGGUGAAGAAGUAUCAUGAUGCCAAAUACCAUAUCUUCCGUGAGCUUUACCAGCAGCAGGUAUCUCAACGAUCUUUAAUGGCUCAAGCGUUGGCAUAGAUUUUCUAGUGCCUGUGUUCAUAAUUAAUGGUUUAUUACUUUUCUUCUUUCUCGUUUCAUUUAUAAGCCGACCAAAAGUGACCUAAAUCUCAAAGAAUUGGAAUGUAGUGUAACAAUUACUCGUGAUAGUCAUUCAAACACUUUAAGUUAACGGUAUCUAGAUUUCUAUUUUCUCUCCAAAAUAAUUUGAGGCUUAUUAAAGCAGAA